AUCUCAUCUCAACUACCUUGCAAUCACUCACCUCACUCACACUCACUCACUCUCUAACCCCCCACCCUUCAGCACCAUGGCGCCCGCCGUCGACCCGAACAUGAUCCGCCCGCCUCCGCGCUCACUGGCGCCGGCGCCGCCCGGCCUGCUGCCCCCGCCGCCGGACAAGGCGCUCACCAAGCCGCUGACGGUGCUAUGCACGGUCGGCGUGUCAGCCGAGUGCGAGGAGCGGCUGCGCGACGCGUUCGGCACGUUCCACUACUACGCCGAGGGGGAGGAGAUCCCGGCCGACAUCCUGCCCUCCAUCGACGUCAUGUUCAACACCUGGACCGGCCCGCCCGGCGUCGUGAGCGACUUUGCGCAGACCCCGCGCCUGAAGCAUGUCCAGCUGUGCUCCUCGGGCGCGGACAAGGCGAUGGCGAGCGCGCCGUUCCAGAAACUCGUGCGCGACGGCGGCAAGGUCGCGGGCGUCGAGCGUAAUGUUACCCUCGCGAACGCGAGCGGAACACAUGUGCUCACCAUCCCGAACUGGGUCGUGGGGAUGCUCGUCAACGUGUACCACCAGGUGCCCCGCCAGAUCAUGAUUGCGAGGAAUGAGCAGCGCUGGGCCCUCCGGCCAGAGAUCGACGCCGGCGGGGGACAGUACUACGCGCGCGUGACGCACGGCCGUAUGGCCGGCAUGCUGGGCUACGGCCAGCUCGGGCGCGAGUCGGCUCGCUUGCUGAAAGCGAUGGGCAUGCGCAUCGUCGCCGCCAACACGUCGGGCAAGGCGACGCCGCAGGACGGGUAUGUGAUCCCCGGCACUGGCGACGCCGACGGCUCCAUCCCAGAGGCGUACUACUCUACCAAGGACGCCGCGCAGACCCGCGAGUUCUUGAGCCGGUGCGACGUACUCGUUGCGAGCUUGCCCAACACGCCGCAGACGGCUGGGUGGCUCGACGAGGAGAAGCUGGGGCACUUGCCCCCGAACGCCGUGUUCCUCAACGUCGGCCGCGGGAGCCUCGUCAAGUCGGAACACCUCCUCGCCGCGCUCGACCGCCCGAGCGGCCUCUUCGGCGCCGCGAUCGACGUGACCGACCCCGAGCCCCUGCCUGACGGGCACCCGCUGUACACCCACCCGCGGGUCAUCGUCACGCCCCACCUGUCAGGCGACACGGAGGGCGAGAUGGACAUUGCGGCGGAUGUGUUCUUGCGCAACUGCGCGCGCGUGGCCGAGGGCAAGGAGGUCAUCAACCGCGUGCACUUUGAGCGGGGGUACUAGGAGGGGAC